ACGACUCCAACGGCAUCUUCAUGCUACGCGUACUAUCGUCACAGACGGCCGGAAUGCCUUUGCUCGUGGAUCUUGCGGGUACCUUUCCAUGAUAAGCUUUUUGAAAGUGACCGUGAUCCACCUUGUCGAGACCCGCAGCUCCCUCUUGCGUCGUGCCAGCAACAUCUUGUACAGCUCCUUCUCCGCGUCAGGGAACCACAGCCGCCGUCGAGUGCAUGUCGCCAUCAGACUACUCCGCACCUUGUCAGCUGCCUGCUGCACGAGAGAGUCUUCAUCCUUCUGCCAUUUGCUGAUAUUGCUGGCCGAGAUCCCUGACUUAUGUUCCAAGUAAAAGAGAGGGGUCAUACCGAAGUGCGCACGAACCUCCGUUGACCGCGACUCUAGAUCUCGCAGCUCCAUAAUAACACCGACCUUCUCGCGCGAGGUGUACCGUCUCCUCGAGGCUGCUCCACACGUUUUCUUUGGUGGCGGCUCCGUUUGUGAAAAGCUGUCGUUCACGAGGUUGUUGUUCCGCUCGGCUCCAGGGCGUAAAGGCUGCAGCACAAACGUCACGGACCCUGGCGGACAUGUCGCGCCGCAUC